AUGGAAGGGUGGAAAGAUUAUUCAAAAUCAUUAGGGUUGUAUGAAAAAAUUGAAAAAUUACAUAAAGAGCAUAUAAAUGAAAUAAAAUUUUAUGAGGGAUACAUAAACAAUGAAAAUAAAUUAGGAAAUAAUAAAAAAAAUCGUGAUAUUAUAAAACCGAGUAUGUAUAACUAUGAUGUAAUGAAUUAUUAUAAAGACGAAUUAAUAUUAAAAAAAAAAAUUUUAGAAUUAUCUGAAGAUAUCAUUACAGCAAUAAAUAAUAUUUAUGAUAUGUUUCGGCUUUGUAAAGAAAAUGUAUUUUUAUCAUUUAAUGGAGGAAAAGACGCUGUUGUUAUUUUACAUUUAUUUAGAUGUGCAUAUGCAAAAUAUUUAUAUGAUAUAAAGAGUAAAAUAAUAAAACCCAAAUUAAUUUAUUUUAAAGAUGAUACUAAUGAAUUUCCUGAAAUUUAUCAGUUUGUGAAUGAAUGUGUAUAUAUAUAUGAUUUUGAUCUAAAUAUUAUCAAUGGCAAAUGGGAAACUAGUAUAACACAUUUUAUAGAAUUUAUUCAAAAAAAAUAUAGAGAUACUUGUAUAGACAAAUUAAAUAUAAAUCAAACAGAUUCUUCUUUAUUAUCUACUUCUAUAGCAUUUAUUAACGGAACUAGAUAUAAUGACACAUAUAGCGAAAAAUUGCAUAUUUUAAAUGUUAGUUCAAAAGGGUUUCCACCUUAUUUAUAUUUAAAUCCUAUAUUUUAUUGGACAUAUGGAGCUGUUUGGACCUUUAUUUUAUAUUUUAAAUUAGAUUAUUGUAUUUUAUAUGACCAUGGUUAUUCUUCUAUAGGCUCUAUGAAUGAUACUAUUAAAAACGAAUUUUUAAAAUGUAAUGAUUGUUAUUUGCCUGCUUAUUUUUUGAAAAAUUGGGAAUAUGAAAGAUAUAAUAGAUUAUUUCAUAAAAAAAAAUAA